GCGGGCGCGGCCGGGAGCCCGCAGCCCUGGCGCCCGCCGCCGCCUGGAGCCCCGCAAUAUGCCGCCGCGGCCCUCUGGCUCUUGGCCAUGGCGAGGCUGUGCCGGCCGGUACCCUGUACUCUGCUCCUCGGCUUGGCCGCGGUGCUGCUGAAGGCGCAGCUGGUAUCUGCGGCCGCUCGAGCCGAGCUCGGCCGCUCGGACCUCAGCCUUAUCCAGCAGCAGCAGCAGGAGCAGCAGCAGCAGAGGGAGAAGGCUGAGGUGGAGAAGACAGAGGUGCCCUGGGCAUCCUCCAUCUCGCCUGUUCCAGUAUCUGAUUUUAUGCUGAAGGUCCAGGUGAAUGACAUCAUUAGUCGUCAGUACCUGAGUCAAGCUGUUGUUGAAGUGUUUGUCAACUACACAAAGACAAAUUCCACAGUAACGAAAAAAAAUGGAGCAGUGUUGAUAAAAGUACCCUACAAACUAGGGCUCAGCUUAACUAUUAUUGCCUACAAAGAUGGCUAUGUGUUGACACCACUGCCCUGGAAGACCGGAAGAAUGCCAAUAUAUUCAUCAGUUACACUUUCACUGUUCCCACAAAGCCAAGCAAAUAUAUGGCUAUUUGAAGACACUGUUUUAAUUACUGGAAAAUUAGCUGAUGCCAAAUCUCAACCAAGUGUUCAGUUUUCAAAAGCCUUAAUUAAACUGCCUGACAACCACCAUAUUAGCAAUGUAACCGGUUAUCUUACAGUCCUGCAGCAGUUUUUGAAAGUGGACAAUUUUCUAUAUACAGCUGGAAUUACUCUCAACAAAUCAGGUUUUGAAAGCAUUGAAUUGACUCCUCUGGCUGCAAUAUGUGUGAAAAUAUAUUCUGGAGGAAAAGAAUUAAAAGUGGAUGGCUCCAUUCAAGUUUCUCUCCCCCUUCUACAUACAAAUGAUAUAAAUGCCGGGGAUCAUAUACCUGCCUGGAGAUUUGAUAUGAACAUGGGUGUUUGGAUAAACCAAGGCCAUGGUGUAGUCAAGAAAUAUAAUAAUCAUUUAGCCUGGAUGUAUGAUGCACCCCAUUUGGGCUAUUGGAUAGCAGCUCCACUUCCAGGCACUAGAGGUUUAGGUAUAAAUGAAGAUUCGAAGGACAUAACUGCCUACCACACAGUGUUUCUCACAGCCAUAUUAGGAGGAACCAUAGUCAUUGUCAUUGGAUUUUUUGCUAUACUUCUUUGUUACUGUAGGGAUAAAUGUGGGACUCCACAGAAAAGGGAAAGAAAUAGCACUAAACUCGAAGUCCUAAAGCGAGACCAAACUACUUCAACAACACACAUAAACCACAUUAGUUCAGUCAAAGUUGCAUUAAAAGCUGAGGACCGGUCACAGAUAUUCAAUGCCAAAAACUCUUCAUACAGCCCUCAAAAAAAGGAACCACCAAAGGCAGACACAGAAGAAAGAGUUUCCAUGGUAAAGACUCGGGACAAUUUUAAAAUCUAUAAUGAAGAUGUUCCAUUUCUGUCAGUCAGUCAAAAUAGUUACUCAAGAAACCCAACACCGUCUCUGGAGCCGAACACAGGAUCCAAGCCACCUAAACAUGGCAACAAUCUAUCUCCAUCUCUAGGGGAUACUCAAGAGGAAAAGAGGUAUCUCACAGGUAAUGAAGAGGUGUAUGGCCGGUCCCAUAUCCCUGAACAGCUUAUGCAUAUCUACAGUCAACCCAUUGCCAUCCUCCAAACAUCUGACCUUUUCUCCACUCCUGAGCAGUUACAUACUGCGAAGUCAGCUACUUUGCCAAGAAAGGGACAGAUAGUUUAUGGCCAAUUGAUGGAACCAGUAAACAGAGAGAACUUUACACAGACAUUGCCAAAAAUGCCAAUGCAUGCUCAUGCCCAGCCCCCAGAUACCAGGGAAGAGAGUAUUGCAUUGGAAGGUCAGCAGAGCUUGCCAUCUCAGACGUCAGACUGGAGCCGGUAUUCUAACAGCUUACUAGAAUCUGUCUCGGUUCCUGGAACUUUGAAUGAAGCUGUUGUAAUGACACCCUUUUCAUCAGAGCUUCAAGGCAUUUCCGAACAGACCCUCCUGGAGCUGUCCAAAGGCAAGCCCUCCCCUCACCCGAGAGCUUGGUUUGUGUCUCUUGAUGGAAAACCAGUUGCCCAAGUGAGACAUUCCUUCAUAGACCUGAAAAAGGGUAAGAGAACACAGAGCAAUGACACAAGUCUGGACUCUGGGGUAGACAUGAAUGAACAUCACUCAAGUAGAAAGCUUGAGAGGGAGAAAACAUUCAUCAAAAGCAUGCACCAACCUAAGAUCCUUUACUUAGAAGAUUUAGACCUGAGCAGUAGUGAGAGUGGAACCACUGUCUGCUCUCCUGAGGACCCAGCUUUAAGGCACAUUCUCGAUGGAGGGAGCGGAGCAAUCAUAGAACACCCUAGAGAAGAGUCCCCAGGAAGAAAAAGCACUGUUGAAGAUUUUGAAGCCAGUGCAUCCCCCACUAAGAAAAGGAGCAGACCACCACUAGCCAAAAGAGAUAGCAAGACUAAUAUCUGGAAGAAGCGAGAAGAACGCCCACUAAUUCCCAUAAAUUAA